CGUAAACGGGCAGGCCCGAACCAUUGGAAUUGGCCGAAGGAGUUCCUUGAUUCCGAAUCUGGUUCGGGGAAGAUCUGAGCCAAGAAACCCUAUCGCCCCGCUUUACUCUCUGAGACUAUCAUGUUCCAAAUGCAAACUCAUGCGGUCAUAUUAUUUAUACCCCUCGCUCUCACCGCCAUCAACAAUAACUAAACCUUCACAAUUUAACAAAUAAAAUGUCAGAAAAGUCUCAGAACAUCUAUCGCGGGGCGGAGGGCGCGAUCAAACAAACACAGGGAAAAGUCCGCGCCCUAGGCCCUCUGGAUGUCCGUAUCAAGAUCACGCAUUCCAGUCUCUGCGCCACAGACCUCCUCUACCUACCCGCCGGCAUCGCCCUAGGCCACGAAGGCGUAGGCCUGAUCGAAGAGGUAGGAAGCGCAGUUCAAAACCUGAAAAUUGGCGAUCGCGUCGGAGGCGGCUUCCACCGCGGCUCCUGCGGACACUGCAGAUACUGCCUCAAGGGAGAGGAUAUCUUUUGCUCUGACCGCGUCAUCUUCGGCGAGAGUGACUCUGAUAAUGGGACGUUCUCGGACUACUAUAUUGGUAGAGAGACGUACGUCCAUAAGAUCCCAGAGAGCAUCGCGAGUGAGCACGCUGCGCCGCUACAGUGUGCUGGCGCGACGGUGUAUGGUGCUCUUGUUGAUGUUGUGAAGCCUGCGCAGAGGGUGGGGAUUAUUGGUAUUGGUGGGUUGGGUCACUUGGCUAUCCAGUUCGCGUCCAAGAUGGGUGCGGAGGUUGUUGUGUUUAGCCGUACCGAUGAUAAGGAGAAGGAGGCGAGAGGGUUUGGAGCGGAUGAGUUCUAUUUGCUUAGCAACCCUGGGGCAAUGAAGGACCCGGUUGACGUCCUCGUUCUUACGGGGAGCAGAUAUCCGGAUUGGAAUGCAUUUCUCAAACCGAACGUCCUUGCACGCAAUGGAAAAGUAGUUCCAUUACUGGCACCCCAUGGGCCGAUGGAGUUACCUGCUGGUAAACUGUUGACGAACGGUUAUGAUAUCGAGUCUCAUCUCGUUGCGUCACGUGGAGUUCAUAAUGAUAUGUUAAAGUUUGCUGCCCAUCACAGGAUCACGCCAGCUAUUGAGAAAUUUGACCUCUCGGAAGAGGGAAUUGGGAAGGCGGUUGAGAAGAUGAAGAGUGGCUCUAUCAGGUACAGAGGUGUCCUGGUAGCUAAAUGAGCUUCUCAAGGAGUAUUAUAUUGAUUACAGGUAUUUUGCAGUGACGGAUGCUGUUACUAUGGUGUGCUAUCCAUGGGCUCUAUUUUCAUCAAGAAUUAGAUCACUUAGAUCAAAAACUGAUAGCUUGGUAUAAUUUAUCGCUUUUUUGAG